GCGAGGGGCAGGGGGCAAACACAGGAAUUGUGCAAACGAGAUAGUAAACAAAUGAAUUUCCGUUUCUUGGAAGUCUCCCGAAUGCUUUGUAAAUGCCUACUUAAUGCAAAAUAGCCAAAGCUUAAACUAAAGGGGUCACCAUGCCAUUCCUGCAGCGGGUGAUCGAGCCAGUACAUGUGUGUCGGGGCACGCUACCCCUGGAUGGCCGGGGCUCCCUGGCUGUAGAGGUACCCAACGAGCUGGAAUGUGUUACUAAUGGCACCCUGGCCAACAUCAUCCGCCAACUGUCUUCUCUCUCAAAGCAUGCAGAGGAUAUGUUCAGCAGUCUUUUUCGGGAGUCCUCCUCGAUUGUGGCCCGAGCCAGUUCCCUACAGGGCAGGAUAGACAGGCUGGCUGUCAAAGUCACACAACUUGACUCCACUGUCGAAGAAGUAUCUCUGCAGGACAUUCACAUGCGCAAGGCUUUCAAGAGCUGCAUCGUGUUCGAGCAACAGGUGGUGUCUCGAGAGUCCAUGCCAGCUGCUAUGAGGGAAACUUAUCUGAUGUGUGACAAACCUCCACCACUUGACAAACUUAACCCCUACAGAGAAGACGGAAAAGAUGGCCUGAAGUUCUACACAGACCCCAACUAUUUCUUUGAGCUAUGGAAGCAAGAAAUGCUGAAGGAUACAGAGAAAAUGAUGCAUGAUCGAGGAAAGAAACUGUCUCACUCAAAGGAAGGACCAGAGAAUAUCACUCAGAGAAUAAGACCAGAGUGCAAGAAACAUAAACGCAGCAGACCACCACAUGCAUCCAAAGACAAGUAUCGGCAGAACUUCCCCUCGAAGAGUGUGGAGGCAGGUGGUUAUUAUUCUGUUCAGUAUGGUGGGGCAGUGCCCAGGAUGGGAAACCACAUUCAACCAGAAUCUCAGCCUAUAAGACCCAACAGCCUGGAGCUCCAUGCUCCAUACUUCAACCGACAGCAGGCACCUUAUUCUGAUGGCACAAAGCCACAGUACCCUCCCCCACCUCCAGCUUACACAGAGCAUCCAAUUUCACCACAGCAACAUUACCCACCUCCACCUUACAUGGCAGCAACUCCAGAAAAGCAAUCUGCCUCUCCAGCUGGCACUCCUUCAAGAGCCAUCUAUCGGAUCAACUCAAUGCGUCCCUCGCAGCCGCCUCCAGCACCCCCUGUGUCAAGUUCAGGCAGCUCUAGUGGAUCCUCUACACCCACGGUGUCCGCUGGCACCACGCCUUCUAGCGGUGCGGGAAGGUACCGAUCUUCGCAAACCAGAGACAAUCUUCCACCACCCCCUCCACCUCCUGUGGCAGAACCUGUAAAAGAAGAGACUGUCGUUAAUGACGUUUCAUCAAUAAAGUCACCUAGUCCAGAAGAGAAGAAUUUAGUGGAGGUUGAGAAUACAGAUGGCAACACCAGUCCGAAGAGCGUCACUCUGCGUAGUGAGGACAGUAGCGGGAGCAACAAGACCAGUCCCGAGAAGACCAUAGAGGAGCCUUCGAUCGAUGAGCUGGACCUCCCCCCACCGCCCCCUUUGCCCCCCGGACUGGAGGAGCUGCCCCCCGUCAUAGCCUCUCGCCCUCCACCUCCACCUCCCCUGCCGCCCCCAGAGGAUGUGAUGGAGAACGGGGUCCUGUCUUCCGAGGGCCAGAAUGUGGAGGUGGUGUCCAUCACAUCGGAAUCUGCCAGCGAGACUUCCAGCGUAAGCAAGCUAAGCGAACAUUUUGAGGACAAGGCGAAAAUAGGGGGUGUCAAUGAUGGAAGGAGUGACCUUUUGGCAGCCAUCAGAGAAGGCAUCAAGCUUCGUCGGGUGGAGGACAUCAAGCAAAAGGAGGUAGAGAAGGCGGCUCCCCUGCAUGACGUGGCCUCCAUCCUCGCCAGGAGGGUAGCUGUGGAAUACUCGGACUCAGACUCACAGUCCGGCAGCGAAUACGACUCUGAUGGGUGGGAAGAGGAAGGGGAGCACGUCAAGACAUAGCCGCCCAGGAUGGUAAUAGAGUACCUCAAGGUCUCAUCAGGAUGGGCCAUUUACACCAUCUCUGCUAUGAUGCUGAUGGAACAGAUCAAGGGGGUGACUUCCCCGCACCUUGUGAUUGCCAAUUCCUUCAGU